UUCUCUUGUUUAGACGACGUAUCUGAAUUGUGUGGCAAAGCUUAGAUUCAUUUUUGGAAUGGAAGAAAGUGGUUACGAGUUUAAAAAUGUGGCUAAUCAAUAUUGGGCUACGAUUGCAGCGAAUUUGAUUAUGUUGGGGCACGGAUGUGUGGUAUGUUGGUUCACUCCAUCUAUUCCGAUUUUGAUGUCUGAAAAAACACCAUUGAUAAGUGGUCCUCUUACAAAUGACGAAAUGUCUUGGCUGGGUUCGAUAAAUAAUGUGGGUGCGCUGGGUGGAAUUUUUACAUUUGGAUAUAUAACAUCGUUUUUCGGCUGCAAACGUGCUAUGAUCUUUCUGGCACUUCCAUCGAUUGCCUUUUGGAUUUUGAUUUACUUUGGAAAUACAUAUUAUCAUAUUCUAUUUGCACGAUGUUUUGCCGGUUUUGUCGGGGGAGGUAUACAAACGGUAUUGAUCCUCUUUGUGUCUGAAAUUUCGAACGACAACAUACGAGGUCGUCUCAGCUCAUUUACUACACUGUCACGCAACGUUGGCGUUCUGAUUAUAUUCACAGUUGGCGCAUAUGUUGACUAUCACAUCGUCCCCUGCAUUUUGAUUUUUCUGCCCAUUUUGUAUUUGAUUUGUUUCACUGCAUUACCAAACACACCACAAUUUUAUCUACAGAAAGGCAACAUGCAGGCAGCCGAAAAUUCGCUCAGAUUUUAUAAAGGCUUCAAAGCAGAAAAUCAACUGGAAAUAAAUGCAUUCAAUAAGGAAUUUGAGAGACUAAAAUCAUUGGCAAAUAAACAAAAAGAGGAUAAAAAAGUGCAUCUAAGUGACUUUUUUGAGGCAAAGGCAAUGAAGGGACUUUUCAUCGGUAUAACUUUGGCAUGGUUAUCGCAAUUUCCCGGAAGCAUUACUUUUUUGAAUUAUGCAGUUUUAAUUUUUGAAAAAUCGGGCCCAUCAAAAAUAGAUCCAUACACAUCGUCAAUAAUAUCGGCAAUAGCUCAAAUAAUUGGUUGCUUUUUCUCUGCAAAACUAGCAGAUUCACUGGGUCGAAAAUUGUUAAUGAUUAUUUCAUUUCUUGGAUCGGCUACUGGAUUAUUUGUUUAUGCAUUAUACUUGUAUCUCAUUCAAAAUGGCUAUAGUUUAUCGUCUUUUUCAUGGUUACCAGUCACAUCCGUAUCUUUUAUCAUGUUUAUCUCAUCAGCUGGCAUUUACACAUUAUACUCUGUUUGUUUUAUCGAAUACUUACCAUCAAAGAUUCGAACAAUUGGACUCACAAUUUGCGUUUUAUCCAUGUACAUUUCGGCAUUUAUAUUUGUCAAAAUGUUUCCAAUUAUUCUCACAUUGAUUGACCUCUAUGGAUGUAUGAUCAUUCUAAUGGUAGGUUGUGUGGUUGCAGCAUUUUUUGUGAUAUUUGUUCUGGACGAAACAAAAGGACAAACUCUAGAUACGAUCCAAUCAACUGAAAAGAAAUAAUUGAACUUUAAACAUGAAAAAUCCAUUUUAAAUGACUUUGAACUUCACAAAGUAAUACACUUAAUUUUAUUGCGACUCAAUAGCAUAGAAUUUGACUAAAGUUGGAAUUGGUUUGCCUGCACUUAUGAGCAAUUAAGGUCUAUUAAAUAUUUUAAUUUGUAAAAAUUGAUUUGAGUCACUAGACUAGAUAGAUAAUGAAUAGUAAACGCCUGUUAAAACGCCAAUGUAAUUAGAUUUGUUAAGUAUAAUGCAUAGAAGACACACCGGGAAUCUCUUAUAUACACUGCGAAUAUAGUCUAUAUAUAAUGAUGAAAUAAAACAUGAAACUCAAAAAUCGUCAACUCAUCAUAGAUAUAAAUCUUCGCAAUUGAAAUGUAAAGCGUGAGUAGAAGGACAAAUAUUUAAAUUCGAACAAAAUAUCGUAAGAUAGAU